AUGGGACACGAAAACAUCUGGUUCGCGCACAAAGGCAAAAACACCAAAGGCCGAGGUUUCCGACAGUGCCGAAUCCAGAGCGGGAAACUGUUAUCACGAAACUGCCCUCAACCCCGUUAUCAGUCCUCUGUCGCUCUGCUCAACGGAGUUUUGUACGUUUUCGGCGGCUAUGUUGACUUGCAAACGGCUCUGAACGAUUCCUGGUAUUUUUCGUCAAAGAAAGAGACAUGGGAUCGCGUCGUCUGUUCCAAAACUCCGCAGGCGAAAGGCGGAGCGGUGAUGGUCGCCGACGAAAAACGAGACAGGUUGAUUUUGUUUGGCGGAAAGCUAAGCCAGGGCCCGCAGAGUGCGCUUGCUGCUUUUCGAACAGAUGUGGGUCUUUAUCCAAACGAGCUGAGCGUCCUGAAUGUUCGCGAGAAGAAAAAAGACUGGCUCAAUAUUCGCCUGCCGAAUACUUCAGAAGGGAGAACUCAAGCUGCUGGCUGCAUUCUUCCGAAGCUCGACAUUUUCGUUAUUGAUGGGGGCUCCUUCGACGAGAGAAACCCCAUUGAUCCUGAUCAAACCCUCGUCCUCGACAUUCGAAACGCUUCGCCGACUAGUUGGAGAUGGGCGAAAGUCUUUCUCGAAGGCGAUAUUCCUCCCUUUCCCCGAUCGAUUCAUGCUGUAGUUCCGGUCAGUGAUGACUCCCUCAUUUUCACGAGCAAUGUCGUCCGCGAUUUCAAACAUUGCAAAGUUACUCCCAUCGUCGACAAUGAAUCCGGCAGAAGAAGUUUCAAAUUUACAUUUACGAACAUCCGAACUGACCAUUCAUCUAACAUGCCCGCCUAUCUCCGUGGAACAAGUUACAUUUAUUCGAUGAGCAAGAGUAUUCUUCUUUGGCUUUCACCUGUGCAAAUGUCUGAAGAAGAACCUCAACAAUCCGCUCUUGCAAUUCAUCGAUUGAUAUUUAACGAAAGCGACCUUUCUUUUGAAAACUUGCCGCGCGGUGAGAAUCUCCGACUGAACACCUCUCCCCUCCCAUGUAUCCUUGGUUCUUCUCUUCAUCUUCUCAAUUCUGGAUUCCUCGUCUUUGGCGGUGCUCAGGUCGGCCCUUCUUCUGUCAACGUCUGGCACGAUCUUUCAGGCAUCACGAGCGUGGAGCCAACUAACCACUUGAUGUUUCUUCAAAUUUAA